CAUCAUAAGAUGGCCUUCUGAGUUCUGAGCAUUUUAUAAAGCCACCCAUAUCUCCAUUCAUUCAUAAUAUUUUUUCCAAAUGAUCGGAAAGCUCUCCGAAUUAUUGGUUUCAGGCCACCGCGCCGGGCUUUUGGACGUUGCCAGGACGAGUCCAAGGAGUCCGUUAGACCUCAAGAUGCAAUCGCCUAGAGGCUUAAAGAAGUAUGAUCUUGGUGGGGUUGGGUUGGGUAUUGUGGCUGCUCUUGAGAAGUCCAGUGAUGGCGGACGCGAAGUUUUGGCCAAAUACGCUGUUUGUAGUUGCAGCUUGAAUCGAUCCAAUCCCAUUCCGGUUAACUCCGGCAAGAAUUGCGGUAGAUUAAAUGGAUUCCUUGAGGACUUUGAAGGAGGAAGUUCGGAGAAUUAUACAUAUGUGACUUGUCGCGGACCAAGCAAAUCCUUCACCAGGGUGUACUAUGAUGGAGGUGAAUAUGGGAGAACUGGGCAUGAAAGACAUGGUCUUGAUGGAUGUAAAAACAUGGGUAUUCUUCUUCAGGACUCCCGGCCGAGAUACCAGGAGAAUUUUUCAGCGGACCCAACUCCAGAUUUUCUCAGUUCAUGUCACUUGUGCAGGAAAGUACUCCAGGGAAAAGACAUAUACAUGUACAGAGGGAAAGGAUUUUGUAGCACGGAGUGUAGGUCAAAGCAAAUAAUGAUGGAUGAGCGAAAAGAACAGUGCAGAUCCGAGGCACCGAGGUCUGCGGAUAUUUCGAGCUCGCCAUACACAAGAGGGCAGAUCUUCUCCACUGGAAUUCUUGCAAUUUAGACAACAAAUUACAAAGGUGACCGCUGCAAUGGUUGCCAUGUAAGAACCCUGAUGGUGGUGAUAGUCCCUCAUGAGUACAUACACGGCUAUAUAUAUUAAUUCUAUACAGAUAAGCGAGAAUUAGUCAGCUUAUUGUUAAUCAAUAAAAGAAGAAAAGUUGGGGGGGGGGGGAAAUAUAGAAUAUAAAUUUUGUAUUGAAUCUGAGAGGAGAAAACAUGGUUCAAUGGAGGGUUAUGAACUGUGAAUGAAAGAGAACUACAAGCUUCAAUGUGUCUUGUAGCAUAAACAAAUUCCAAGAGUUUCUGCUCUAUUUGGAACUGAAACCAGAAGUUUGGAUCGAGUCCAACCGUGCAUGAAAGAGAUGAAUAUCAAUUAAGUGAUUUCUAUAAA